GAGCUCGACGCAGUUCUCCUGCUUGAUUUCCGACAGCAGCAGCUUUAAAAUGGAAGUGACCUGCAGGAAGGAUGCGGUUUCGAUCAGGUCCUCCAGAGUCUCGUUGGCCACCUGAACUUUGGAGGUGUUGAUGAACUCCAGCACCAGCUCCAGCCCCGGCGCGCUCAAUCCCCGCAGCUGCACCGAGUCCUCCGCGGACUCGCGCAUCCCGGAGCUGUACAGCGCGCGGAAACUCGCAUGUGGUGACGUUGAAGGAAGAAUAAAUGCUUUGUUCAACCGGGUGAACGCCAUUCAGAAAAAGAGCGGGCAAUUUGAUUUGCUGCUGUGUGUUGGUGAGUUUUUUGUAAAUUCUCCCGAGGCUGAAGCAGAAUGGGAAGCGUACAAAUCUGGUGCCAAAAAGGCACCUAUUCACACAUACAUUCUCGGCGCAGCCAGCCAAGAGACUGUGAAGUAUUUCCCAAACUCUGAUGGCUGCGAGUUGGCAGAAAACAUCACAUAUUUGGGUCGAAGAGGCAUUUUUACAGGGGCAUCGGGGCUUCAGAUCGCCUAUGUCAGUGGCAGAGAAGCUCAACAGGAGCCUGCUCCCUCACACUGCUUCACCUCUAAAGACAUCACUGCCCUGGUGGCCCCGCUACUGUCUAACUCCAAAUUUCGAGGAUUGGACAUUCUCCUGACCUCGCAGUGGCCUCGGGGCGUAUGGCAGUAUGGAAACAGUCCCGAAACUGAUACAAAGUUUUGUGGGGUUUCAUCCAUCGCAGAUAUCGCUGACAAGCUGAAGCCCCGCUACCAUUUUGCGGGACUGGAAGCGGUACAUUAUGAGAGGCUGCCCUACAGGAAUCAUGUGGUCCUUCAAGAGAAUGCUCAGCAUGUCAGUAGAUUCAUCGCUCUGGCAACUGUCAACAAUCCUGCCAAAAAGAAGUAUUUGUAUGCGUUCAACAUUGUCCCGAUGAAAAACAUGGACCCUGCAGAGUUAGUCAAGCAGCCUCAGGAUGUCACAGAAAAUCCCUACAGGAAACCUAUGAAAGAUGGGAAGAAAGAAAAACCGCCACCCUUUAUGACAGGCGCAGAGGAGGAACCAGUAUCCCAGUUCUUUUUUGAUCUGGGCCAGAAUAAACCACAGCACCAGCAGCGUCACGGCAGGAAGAGACAAACAGACGGAGACAGACCUAAUUAUCCCAAACAGCCCCGGAAACCCCCACAGCCCACUGGACCCUGUUGGUUCUGCCUUGCAAGUCCAGAAGUCGAGAAGCACUUGGUCAUAAGCAUCGGAACACAUUGUUACAUGGCUCUCGCUAAAGGUGGUCUCACUCCAGACCAUGUUCUCCUGCUGCCCAUUGGGCAUUACCAGUCAGUGGUGGAUUUGGCAUCGGAGGUGGUUGAAGAGAUGGAGAAAUACAAGAGUGCCAUCAAGAAGUUAUGUAAAAGCAGAGGCCAACGGUGCAUCCUGUUUGAGAGGAACUACCGCAGCCAGCACCUUCAACUACAGGUAGUGCCGGUGCUCAUGGAGAAGUGCAGUACAGAAGACAUCAAGGAGGCGUUCAUGAUACAAGCUGAAGAGCAGCAGAUGGAACUGAUGGAGAUUCCAGCUCAUACAGACCUCAAACAGAUUGCUCCUCCAGGAACGCCCUACUUUUAUGUGGAGCUGGAUACAGGCGAGAAGCUGUUUUAUCGCAUCAAGAAAAAUUUCCCUUUGCAGUUUGGCAGGGAAGUGUUAGCAAGCGAGGCGCUGUUGAACAUCCCCAUGCGUGCCGACUGGAGAGAGUGUAAAUGUACAAAAGAGGAGGAAGAGGAUCAGGCCAAACAAAUGCGCUCUAACUUUCAGCCCUUUGACUUCGCACUCGAUGACUGAGCAACGGUUCAGAUACAUCUGACUUUAUCCCUUCGUGUUAACGAACUCAAUCUGUGUGUCAACUGUUUAUUUUAUCAUUUUAUGCUUUUUAAAUUUUGCACCAUAUACAUUUUCCUCUUCCUUUCUUUUGCAAGGAGUUAGGAAAUGGCUGUUGUCACAGUGGUCUUUCAAAAGAUAACUUUUUUGGUGAUGUAUCUCAUCUGUUAUAUACAAUUAAGUGUGGAAUUUUGUUGUGACUCAUAAUUAAAGUCAUUUUUUUCA